GCAGGCUGGCCAGCUACCUGGACGCAGCACAGAGCAAGGGUGAGCGAGUGAAGCAGCAGGAAUGGCGGCCUCCUGCAUGAUCUCCUCAUCACCGCUGGUGGCGCCGGCGACGAGGGCCAAGGGCCUGCCGUCCCUCGGCCGCCACGGCUCCUCCUUUGCCGUCGUCUGCAGCGGCGGCAAGAAGAUCAAGACCGACAAGCCCUUCGGGAUUGGGGGUGGCCUGACCGUCGAUGUUGAUGCCUCCGGCAGGAAGGGCAGGGGCAAGGGUGUGUACCAGUUCGUCGACAAGUACGGCGCCAACGUCGACGGAUACAGCCCAAUCUACGCCCCGGAGGAAUGGUCUCCCAGCGGCGACGUCUACGUCGGUGGAACCACCGGGCUUCUGAUCUGGGCCGUCACCCUCGCCGGGCUCCUCGGCGGCGGCGCCCUCCUCGUCUUCAACACCAGUGCCCUCGCCGGCUAAGAACAUUAUUCAUAUCCAUGCGCAGUUCAUGCAAAAUCAAGCCGGGUGUAUGUCUGUAAUCUAGCCUCCUUCGAUGUCCACUAUGAUGUAGCACUGCUACUACAACACUUCAUACUUUUGGGAUAAUUAUUGAUGCUAAAUAUUUAGAUUAA